AUGCGUGAGUUGGGUUUCGAUGCCGACGAGAUAACUUAUGGAAGUGUUAUCUCGGCUUGUGCUGCGUUGCGAGCUCCGCCGCAUGGUAGGCAAGUCUACUCUCUGGCAUUGAGGAAAGGUUUCCGUGCAAAUGGUUAUGUUCGAGCUGGGAUGAUUGAUUUGCUCACGAAGAACCAUAGGUUUGAUGAUGCUCUCAGGGUGUUUCGUGAUGUGUCGUGUGAGAAUGUGGUUUGUUGGAAUGCUAUAAUUGCAGGGGCAGUUAGGAAUGGAGAGAAUCAGAUUGCUUUGGAUCUUUUCCGGCAAUUGUGUCGUCAUGGCACUUUUCUGCCCAAUAGUUUCACUUUCCCUUGUGUCCUGACGGCCUGUGCUAUGCUUGAAGACCUCGAGACUGGAAAGAUGGUCCAAGGGUGGAUAAUCAAGUGUGGAAAUUAUGACGUGUACAUAAAUACUUCGCUUUCUGAUUUAUAUGCCAAAUGCAAAGGUAUGGAAGGAGCUAUGAAGAUAUUUACUCGGAUGUGUCUCCGCAGUGUUGUUUCUUGGACUGCCAUGAUUUCGGGUUUUCUGCAGCUGGAUGAUUAUAUUUCUGCAGUCCUACUGUUCAAAGAAAUGAGAAGUUUGGGGGAGGAAAUAAACACCUUUACUAUUACUAGUUUACUUAGUGCUAGUGGCAGACGAGGAUUGACUAAAACUGCCACACAAUUCCAUGCGUUGAUCAUCAAAUGUGAAUUUGACCUGGACCCUGCGGUGGGGGCUUCAUUAUUCAAUAUGUAUUGCAAAGUUGGAGCUGUUGAUUCAUCCGGAUUAAUACUUGAAGAAAUGGAAAGGAUGAGAAAUCCCAAUAAUCAUGCAGUUGUGAUAUCUCUGCACGCACAGGCUAAUGAUGCAAAAAGGGCUGUAGAAUUGUUCGGGAGCAUGUUACGGGAAGGGUAUGCCCAGAAUGGAUACAUUGAGGAGGCAUUGUUGAUGUUUCACAAGAUGCUCAAGGCUAAUUUUGCCGUUGACUCCUUCAGUAUAUCUUCUGUUGUUCAGGCUGUUACUCUCACAAACAGAUUAGACAUAGGAACACAGCUGCAGUCUUAUGCAAUGAAAGUAGGAUUGGACUCCAAUGCGGCUGUUGGUAGUUCACUAGUGGCAAUGUACUCCAAAUUUGGGGGCAUCAACGAAUGUGUUAAAGCAUAUGAUCAGAUUGAUGCGCCUGAUUUAAUAGGUUGGACAACAAUGAUCAUGAGUUAUGCCAGACAUGGAAUAGGUGAGGAGGCCUUGAAGUUCUUCAAGCUUAUGAAGAGAGAGAAGAUGAGACCUGAUCCAGUGACUUUUGUUGGGGUUCUCUCGGCUUGUAGCCACAGUGGUUUGGUUGAAGAAGGUUAUUUUCAUUUUGAUUCAAUGGUUAAGGAUUACGGUAUUGAGCCUAACUACCGCCACUAUGCCUGUAUGGUCGAUCUUCUUGGUCGCUCAGGGAGACUUAAGGAGGCUGAAAGGUUCAUCAGCAACAUGCCAAUCAAACCUAAUGCUCUGGUUUGGGAGACACUGCUUGCUGCUUGUAAAUUACAUGGUGACAUUGAGCUCGGAAAACUAGCAGCAAAAAAGAUCACUGAGUGCGAGCCAUCUGAUGCUGGAGCUUAUAUUUCUUUGUCAAACAUCUACGCUGACAUGGGCCAGUGGGGAGAAGUCAUGAACAUUAGAAGCUCAAUGAAAGGAGCUAAAGUAAAGAAGGAACCUGGUUGGAGUGCUGUUUGA